AGUACGAGUACGACGUCCACUUCAACUUCAAACUUGAUUGAAAGUGAUAAAAAGUCCAGAAUUUCACAUUUCAACGUUCCAAAUGGCGGGGCUACUUGAUUUACGUCUGAAGAAAGCUAAUAAGAUUUACAGCGAAGGAGAAGUACUUGCUGGGGUGAUCGUGAUCCAGACAAAGACGGAGUUCCAGCAUCAAGGAAUAACGCUCGUAGCCGAGGGAUCGGUCAAUCUUCAACUUAGCAGCAAAAGUGUCGGUCACUUUGAAGCCUUUUACAACUCAAUUAAGCCCAUCCCGCUUUUGAGUGUGACGCUGAAUGCAGCUAAACCCGGCAAGAUCCCAGCUGGAAAGACGGAGAUCCCAUUCGAAGUCCCGUUAAAGGCCAAACUUAACAAGACGCUCUAUGAGACGUACCAUGGUGUGUUUGUUAACGUUCAGUACACUCUGAAAGCACAGGCAAAACGUUCUCUUCUCGCCAAGGAUCUGGUGAAGACGAUAGAAUUCAUCAUUGAAUACAAGGACCAGAAAGUCAAAGCAGAACCCAAGCCCGUACCAUUCACCGUCACUCCCCAAUCAUUACAGAAUGUCAAAGAUAAAACAGCACUACCAAACUUCAUCAUCAAAGGCAGACUCGACUCUGCAAGCUGCUGCAUUAAGAACCCCCUUACAGGUCAUGUGAUCAUAGAAAGCUGCAACGCACCAAUCAAAUCAGUGGAAAUCCAGCUAGUUAGAGUGGAGACUUGUGGGUGUGCCGAGGGGUACGCCAGGGAUGCCACUGAGAUUCAGAACAUUCAGAUCGGAGAAGGCAACGUCUGUAGGGGGCUCACCAUCCCCAUGUACAUGGUGUUCCCUCGUCUCUUCACCUGCCCGACGCUAGCCACUAGUAACUUCAAAGUUGAAUUUGAAAUCAACUUGGUAGUAGUGCUCCUUGAUGACCAUUUGAUAACGGAAAACUUCCCCAUCAUUCUGACAAGAUUUUGAGAUCCGCUGAAAACAUCACUAUCAAAACAACUCCAAUUGAUCACGACAAGCAGGAAAGCCUAGCUCUUCAUGUGGACUAAGUCUUUUGGUGUGUCUUUACAAGAUUUCAAAGUACUCUUACUCCUCGUUACUCUCCGUUACUCUCUGUUACUCUCCGUUACUCUCUGUUACUUUCCGCAUUUAUCCAGACUUUUGUACUCGCUUCUGUAGGAAAACACCAUAAUCCAAUUAUAACACUAACGCCAACAGAAUAGCAUAACGGUCUUCAGAGGAGGAAU